AUGGACCGUCUCGCGGAUACAUCGCUCGUGGGAGGGGAGCGGACCGAUGCCACCGAUCACUGUCUAGCUGGCAUCGCACGGUUAUCCAACGAGGUCAAGGACGCCGCCAGCUACAUCCCCACUUAUGAUCAGAGAAUCUACGCAGAGGCCAUCAAAGCCCUCCAGGAUAAGCUCAGUGAGACACGCGCCGCAGUGGAGCCACGGCCCAAGUUCAGCUUCAAGACAAAGAAAAAUGCAUCGGCUGUAUCUCUCGCGGACGCCGCUCAACUGGCCGUGGAGGGCCGACGUCGCAUACCGGGCUACAGCUCUCCUGGGGCCUCGUCCUCUGUGAGUUCUUCGGCGGGCCAAACCCCGAACUAUCCAUCCACCCCUCUGAAUGAACCAGACCGGCAGCUCCAACCCAGGGCUGAAAUUGCCCCAACGUCGAUUCCGGAGAUGGAAUUCGGUACUAGCAGCGAGAAACCCACCGGGGAGAGAUCCAACCCCUUUGCAGCAACGUCUGUCUCCUCGGUCUCGGUGAAUAACCAUUAUGGCCUUCAUAUUAUGCUCCCUGCGUCGGGGUCCACUGCGACGGUGCCUGCGUCUAUUACCUCCCUCCGUCACUGCGUCGUUGACAUGUCGAUACCCACGGCGGACGGGAAACCGUAUGCCAGCCUGGCAGUCAAGGGAGUCAAAGAGAGCCUGCUGGUCUGCGGCCAAAUUGAUGGCCCGGCCCAUAUUACCGGGGUGGAGCACAGUAUCAUCGUCGUUACCUGUCGCCAAUUCCGGAUGCACAACUGCGCCGAUGUUGAUGUCUAUCUCAGCUCCUCCAGCAACCCUAUUAUCGAAGACUGCACGAAUAUCCGGUUUGGCAGGAUCCCGAGGGUAUAUGCACUCGAUCAUGACUGCCCGGACAGUCAGGACCGCUGGAACCAGGUGGAAGACUUUAAAUGGAUCAAGCCCGAACCGAGCCCCAACUGGAGUCUCAUCAGCCAAGAAGAUGCGGUUCCGGAGCAAGUAUGGGCAGAGAUUGUCCCCGGCGGCCCUGGUUGGUCCCUGGAUGAUAUCCUGCGGGCGAUUAACAUUGUGAAACCUUGA